AUGGACAGCUUCCUCCAGAGCGUGGAGAAGGACCUGAACAUCGACCGCCGGCAGCUGGCUGCCACUGCGCAGAGGACCCACGUUACAGGGCUGAGCGACGUGGAGGUGAGGACGUUCCUGCAGCGCUCCGUCCAGAAGUUGCCUAUGGGCUGGACCCGGGUGGAGAUCCACGGGCUGUGGAAGGACCAGCUGGCGUACCCCUUGCGGGUGCAGCCCCCCGCCUCCGAACAGCGUAAUGGCAGCCUGGAGACCCUGAACGGCUUCAUGCAGAGCGUCGCCUCUCAGAAUUACCAAAACCUGUGGUGCCGGGCUCACCACCUAUACGUGCGGCCGUACCGGCACGCCGACGCACCACCUACCAUGCCAGCCCUGGAUGUGCUGCGGGCCGCCCUGCAGAAGGCUUACGGUGGCUGCCCCGUCCUUCAGGUGGGCAAGAGCGUGCCCGGUGCUUCCCCUGCCAAGGAGAGCGUGGCGGCCGCUAAGGGGGUGACCUCCUGCCCCAACGUGCUGCAGGCUGAAGCUCUGCUCGAGUCGGCCAACAUGCUGUACAUCGUCUACCCUUACGUGCAGUACUGUUUGCACGAUAUCGUGACUUUCAGCCCGGCCAAGCUCACCAACAGCCACGCCAAAAUCCUCUUCCUCCUCUUCCAUGUGCUGCAGGCCAUGAGGGCUUGUCACCAGGCGGGUCUGGCUUUCGGCGCCCUUUCCCCUCCCGCUUGCGGCGCCUUUUCCCUUCGAGAUGUGGCUGUCGAUGAGAAGCUGUGCAGCCGGCUCCGAGUGAACUUCAGAGAGUACGAGGGACCGAAGAAGGAGGAAGUGAAUCCGGAGGCUGGUCUGGAACGAAUGAGCGAGCAAAGCGGUGCUGGUGUGCGAGGGCAGGAGGCGAGGUGCACCUCCUGCCAGAAGGACCUCCGAGACCUGGUGCUGCAGUGGGUACAUGGGCAGGUCAGCAACUUUGACUACCUUAUGCGUCUAAACAGUUUGGCUGGGAGGAGAAUGGGAGACCCCAAUUAUCAUCCAGUUCUUCCGUGGGUGGUGGACUUCACUACCAAAAACGGCAAGUUCAGGGACCUAAGGAAGUCCAAGUUCCGUCUCAACAAGGGAGACAAGCAGCUGGACUUCACCUAUGAGAUGACCAAGCAAGCGUUUGUUGCUGGUGGGUCAAGUGGGGAGCAGCUCCAUGUCCCCCAUCACAUCUCGGAUGUCCUUUCGGAUAUCACCUACUACGUGUACACGGCUCGGAGGACACCCAAGGCAGUGCUGUGCUGCCACGUGAGGUCCCAGUGGGAGCCCAACGAGUAUCCAGCCAGCAUGGAGCGCAUGCAGAGCUGGACCCCGGAUGAGUGCAUCCCAGAGUUUUAUAUGGACCCCUCCACCUUCCGAUCCAUCCAUCCGGACAUGCCCGACCUGGAUGUGCCGUCUUGGUGUAGCUCCUAUGAGGAGUUCGUUGAAGUCCAUCGCAUGUUGCUUGAGAGCCGGGAAGUCUCUCAGGACCUCCACCACUGGAUUGAUCUCACUUUUGGGUACAAGCUGCUGGGGAAGGAUGCUGUCAAGGAGAAGAACGUCUGCCUUCAUCUAGUAGACAACCACACGCAUCUGACGACUUACGGGGUUGUGCAGCUUUUUGACCAGCCACAUCCCCGGCGCAUGGUGGGACCUGCCUACACGCCUGCUGAAGCUCCAUCCAUUGCCCGGCCUCUUCUCCAGAACAUCCGGGAGAUGGUGUUUUUGGAGGAUAUCCAAGGCCAGGUGAUGGAUGCCGUUAAUGGGCUGGUCCUGGAGGCUACUCCCAGUGAAACCACCUGGUCUGGGGAGAAGCCCAUUGCUGGUGAGGAUGAUUUAGAGCAAGGCACAGAAGCCCUGGAUUCGAUUUCUGCUACUAGUAGAGCUGCUGAUCAGCCCUGUGCCGCUUCAGCACAGCCCUCCACCCUCCCUGCUUAUGCCACUGAAGGAAAAACCUCGGGUGUCCGACCUCUCCGUUGGAGCAAGACAGGUGCUGUGGAUCAGGCUGACAUGAAGAUCACACUUCCUGAAGGCUUCAAUCCACUCCAGGCCCUGGAAGAGCUGGAGAAAUUGGACAAUUUCUUGGUUAAAGGCUUAAGCAGUGAGAUGCAGCUAAUGGAGCAGCUGUGGGAAGAGCCACCCCUGAGUCUCUCAGACCUCUUCCAGAGGGACAUGCAAGCUUUGGGCAUUCUGGUAGCUGAGAUUAUAUUUGCACCAAGGAUUCGUCCUUCAAAGCCUGAUGCAUCCCUGUUGGAGAGGUUCCUGAUGGUGCGUAAUCUGUGUCGCUACCAUCCCAAGGAGAUCCCGGCCCCGCUCCAGCACGUGCUGCAGGUCCUGCUGCAGCUGAGCGUGCCGGUGGAGAAGCUUCUGAAGGCCAGGCCGGGCAAGGGCAUGGGGCAGUUGUUUGAAUACAAACCCAUCUCCCAGGGCCUCCCCCCACCCUGUCCCACACAGCUCCUCAGUCCCUUCAGCUCUAUUGUCCCCUUCCCCACAUACUUCCCAGCCCUGCACAAAUUCAUUUUCACCUAUCAGGCGAAGAAGAUAGAGGAUGAAGGUGAGGGCCGGGAACUUGUUUUCCAGCUGUGGCAGCAGCUGGAUGGGAUCCUUUCUGAAAUCACUCCUGAAGGCUUGGAGAUUCUUCUGCCCUUCGUAUUAUCUCUGAUGUCGGAGGAGAAUACCGCUGUCUAUGCAGCGUGGUAUCUCUUUGAACCUAUAGCUAAAUCCCUAGGUCCAAAGAAUGCCAAUAAAUACUUGCUCAAGCCAUUGAUCGGAGCAUAUGAGACCCCCUGCUACCGCCAUGGCAGGUUCUACCUCUACACAGACUGCUUCGUCGCCCAGUUGAUAGUGCGCCUGGGGCUGCAGUCCUUUCUCCUGAACCUGCUGCCGCACAUCCUGCAGAUUCUUGUUGGCAUCGAGAGCUCGCGGGAGGAGAGCAAAUCCCUCCUCGGCACAGCUGAAGAUGAUGAAAGUGGAGGGGAAAGCCCAGUGUCAUGCGUCUUUGGGGAGGAGAUCAAAAUGGACGUGGAGCACAGCUCCGCUGCACUCGAUCUCCUCGACUACACCUCUGGUGUCAGCUUCCACGACCAAGCCUACCUGCCUGAGAGCGAGGACUUCCAGAGCGGGCUGUAUGUCGGGGAGUCCCUGCAGCCUCAGGAGCAGGAAUCGCUCAGCCUUGGGCGGCUGAGUGACAAGAGCAGUGCCAGCGAGGUGUCCCUGGGAGAGGACAGACCUGCGGAUGGGGAUUCCCAGAAGGACAAGAGCAGCUUGAAGUCGGUGGACAGCAGCCAGGACCUGAAACAGAGUGAGGACUCAGAGGAGGAGGAAGAGGAGCGUGAGGAAGAGGAGCACGAUGAUGCUGCGGUUGAUGCGGAGCUGACAGUGGCCAUGGAUGCUGGUGCCUCUGUGGAUGUCACCCUGGCUGAUGACAGCAGCGAGCCAGAGGAUGGAGAGGGAGAGGAGCUGCCGGAUCACUCCGAUGACAAAGAGCAGACAAUACUCCUGGACACAGCCUGUAAGAUGGUGAGGUGGCUCUCAGCCAAGCUGGGCCCUACCGUCACGUCCCGCUUCAUCGCCAGGAACCUGCUCCGUCUGCUCACGUCCUGCUACAUCGGCCCUACCAGGCAGCAGUUUGUACCAAGCAGCGAUGAGAACAGUCCCCUGAGUACAGGAAAUAUCUACCAAAAACGGCCAGUGCUGGGAGAUCAGGUGUCCAAGCCAGUGCUGGCCUGUCUUGUGCAUGUGGCGUACCUGUACGGAGAGCCCGUCCUCACCUACCAGUACCUGCCCUACAUCAGCUACCUGGUUGCGGCCAGCGGUGGGUCCGGUGGUGGCCGGCUGAACAGUCGGAAGGAGGCCGGGCUCCUGGCUGCUGUGACGCUGACUCAGAAGAUCGUGGUGUGUCUCUCGGACACCACGCUGAUGGACAUUCUCCCCAAGAUCAGCCAGGAGGUGCUGCUCCCGGUGCUGGGCUUCCUCACUUCACUGGCCGUCAGUUUCCCCAGUGGUGCCCAGGCCCGUAUUGUCCUGUGCGUUAAGACAAUCAGCCUAAUUGCCUUGAUCUGCCUGCGGAUUGGGCAGGAGAUGGUGCAGCAGCAUUUGAGCGACACAGUGAGAAACUUCUUUGGGGCGUUCUCACUGCUGCAGGAGCUGCAAGACCAGGGGUUAACGGCGGAGUCACUGAGCAGCUGUGAGGUGCCGGUGAUGGAGGUGCCCCUUUCAGAUGGGAAGCUGCUGGCCCUGGAUCCAGCCGUGCUGAUGGAGUUAGAGAAGGUGUUUAACCCUGAGAUGGCCUACAUCACCUACAUCCCCUUCUCUUGCCUGCUAGGUGAUGUUAUCCAGAUGGUUGUGCCCAACCACUCGCUGGUGGAGAAGCUGGCCAGCCUCCACCUGGAGAACGUGAACCCCAAGAGCCUGCAGGUCGUUAGCCUGGAGCAAACACCGAGUGCGGUGGGCUCAGACCAAGAUACGCGAGGGACCGAGCCCUUCUCUAGCCACCAGGAGGACACUCACUCGGGUACUUUUGGGAGCGUGCUGGUAGGGAACCGCAUCCAGGUCCCCGUGGACACACAGCGCGAGGGUCUUGGCUUACUUCGCCUCAGUGCUGGCACUGAUGGCUUUAUUCCCAGCUCAUCCAGCGAGGAGAAUACCCUGAAGCAUGACCUUCCUCGCAGCACCCACAUGCUGUGUGGGAACUGGCUGGCCUACUGGCAGUAUGAGAUUGGGGUGAGCCAACAUGACCCCCGCUUCCACUUCCACCAGAUCAAGCUGCAGAGUUUCUCAGGGCAUUCGGGGGCCAUCAAGUGCGUGGCACCGCUCAGCAGCGAGGACUUCUUUCUUAGUGGCAGCAAGGACAAAACCGUCCGCCUUUGGCCCUUGUACAACUAUGGGGAUGGCACCAGUGAGGUGCCACCGCGGUUCACGUACGCUGAGCACAAGAAGUCUGUUUUCUUUGUGAGCCAGCUGGAGGUGUCGCAGCACGUGGUGAGCUGUGAUGGGACUGUACACAUCUGGGACCAGUUCACAGGCAAACUUCUCCGGACUUUUGAUGAAUUAGACAGCAAAGUCCCCAUCACAGCAGUGACCACCAUGCCACCUCCCUUUCACAGCAUCUCCGUGGCCAGUGCAGACUCUGUGCUGCGGUUCAUCGAUCACAGGAAGCCAGGACUACAGCACGAGUUUCGCCUGGCCAGUGGGGUGAGCGCUGGGCUCAUCCGCUGCUUGGCUGUCAGUCCUAACGGGCGCAGCGUUAUGGCUGGCUUCUCCUCUGGUUUCAUUGUGCUGCUGGACACCAGGACAGGACUCAUCAUGCAGGGGUGGCCUGCCCAUGAGGGGGACAUCCUGCAGAUCAAGGCUGCAGAGGGCAAUGUGCUAAUCAGCUCCUCUUCGGAUCAUUCCCUGACUGUCUGGAAGGAACUGGAACAGAAACCUUUGCACCACUACAAAUCUGCAUCUGAACCCAUCCAUGCAUUUGACCUCUAUGGCAACGAAGUGGUCACUGGCACUGUGGCCAACAAGAUUGGCGUCUACUCCAUGCUGGAGUCCUCAGCCCUGCCCAUCAGCACGACCAAGCUGAGCUCAGAGAAUUUUCGGGGUACGCUGACCAGCUUGGCGGUGCUACCCACGAAAUGCCAGCUCCUGCUGGGCUCGGACAACGGCAUCAUACGCCUCCUGGCAUAGCAACCACCGAUCCAGGAGCUUGUGGCUGUCCCACAGCGCUGGUGGUAGAGCUGAAAGCCCGUAGCUUUGGAGGAGGAGGCAGAGUUAGAUGUUUCUGAACAGAGGAUGCAGGGGGGGAGGUGUACUUGUUAGUGAGCACUCCGUAAAGCAUCUCUAACCUCUUUCUGUAUCUUUAAAAA